UCGAGCAUAAAUUAUCUGUAAUCUGUUAUUUCAAUGCUGUUUCAAUUUUUAAUGGAUUCGUAAUUUAUUUACCUUUAUUUCAACGCAGUUUUUAAAGUUAGUUUGUAAAGUUAUAACGCGUCCAUUGAGGUCGACAACAUAUAUAUUUUGUGAGAUGUGUAAAUUUACAUAAUAUAAAAUAUCUGACGCAGCAUAAAGCGUUCAGUUCACAACUAUAUAAAUUUACGAACAGUUUUCCAAAUGAGUUGUUGUGAUAGAUAAUGGAUCCAAGAAUGUGCAGGAAAAUCAGUAGCAGUGAAAGUCUUCCAGAUGCUGAAAAUGUGGAAUAUGAAGUGUCAAAUAUCAUUGCACCUCAGGAAAGUGAAGAUAAUUUACUUUUGGAGGGCAGCCCAGAACCACUAUCCGUGACCUGGCUGGACGACGAUCAAAUUGAUGAUUUAGAUCUUAAUUUAGACCAAACUAACCUAUUUUUUCAUAGGGUUGAUAGUGCAGAUAUAAUUUAUAGAAGCAAAAAGAAAAAAUGCAAAAUGGUAGGGAAAUAUGUUAUGGGUGAUGUAUUAGGAGAAGGUUCUUACGGAAAAGUUAAAGAGAUGCUAGACUCGGAGACUUUGUGUAGGCGAGCCGUUAAAAUAUUAAAAAAACGAAAGUUGAGGAGAAUUCCAAAUGGAGAACAAAAUGUACAGAGAGAAAUUCAAUUAUUACGAAUACUUAGGCAUAAAAAUGUGAUAGAACUAGUCGAUGUUAUGUAUAAUGAUGAGAAGCAAAAAAUGUACCUAGUUAUGGAAUUUUGUGUAGGCGUACUUCAAGAUAUGUUAGAAUCAAGUCCUGGUAAGAAGUUUCCUCAGCAUCAGGCACAUGACUACUUUACCCAGCUACUAGAUGGCUUAGAAUAUUUACAUGGGCAAGGUGUGGUGCACAAAGAUAUUAAACCAGGCAAUCUUCUUUUGACUCUGGAUCAAACCUUAAAAAUUACAGAUUUUGGAGUUGCAGAGGCAUUGGAUAUGUUUUCACCGAUAGACACAUGCUACACUGGCCAGGGCUCACCUGCCUUCCAACCUCCAGAAAUUGCUAAUGGAGCGGAAACAUUCUCUGGAAUUAAAGUAGAUAUCUGGAGCAGCGGUGUUACAUUAUACAACAUGACAACAGGGCGGUACCCGUUCGAGGGCGACAACGUGUACCGGCUGCUGACGGCGAUCGGGCGCGCGGAGCCCGCGCCGCCGCCGCCCGACGUCGGCGCGCCGCUCGCCCGCCUGCUCGCGCACAUGCUGCAGCGGGACCCCGCGCUCAGGCCCACGGUGGACGAGAUACGGAGACAUGACUGGGUGCGAGCAAUCCCACCAUUACAGCCUGGAGAGAAGAUAGUAAGCCCUAGAUCUCGGCGUUCAGAUGAACUCCACAAUUCUACAGUGAUACCGUACCUCGUUGAGAGACACUACGCGUCAGCACAAGAAUACUUCACUGAAAGGGACUUGAGGCAUGAAUUAGGCGACUGUGGUUCAAGAACGAUGUCAACCGCGGAACUAUCGGACGCGGAAUCAAACCAAUGCAAGAGACGGUGGCACUCGUCGUGCGGAAGAUUGCCGUGUAGACUCACGUGAUGGCGCUGGCGUUGUAUGGAAAAUACCGUUGAUUCUAGAAUGUUCUGGGCUUAUUUGUGAUUCUGGAUGCUUCAAGAGGCUAUUUGGAAAUGGAAGACUUCAUUGGGAAUGUUGGAACUAUUUAUUGAAGAAAAUUAAAUUGAGCGGGUACUUUGAAAAUUGAUGUUAGAAAAUUUGUCGUUGUUUAAAAUGUGAAUAAAUAAAUUUAUAAGAAAAUAUUGAGCCUGUUUGGGUCACGGUUUGGUAGAAGUCUUUAAUUUCCAAAUGCUUAAAUACGUGAAAAAAAUCAAAAUAAAAUAUAAUUAAAAUGAUGAUCAAUUGUGUUUGAAAUUUGCAGUAUUCACUGCGAUGAUAGAUGUACUAGAUGUCUGAAAUCUGAAUGUUUAGAAUAAAACCGCAGAAUUAUAUUUAGAA